CACGGACCUCGAUCAGCUAGUUGAUCCUAGACACCCACGUCCAUCCUUGAAGAUCCGCACAAAUCGCUGUCUCACACGCCCUUAUCGACCAUGUCCGCUCCUCGAGUUGCGGUCCUGACCGUAUCGGACACUGCCUAUAACAAGGGCAAGGAGUAUGAUGUCGCCGGACCCCAUCUCUGCUCUUCCAUCGAGGCGCACGCUUCGUUCUCCCUUGGACCGAGCGCGAUUGUACCGGAUGAGAUCCCUCGGAUCAGGAGCCAGGUCAUGCAAUGGAGCCAGAGAAACGGAGGAGAGAGGGUCGAUUGGAUCAUCGUUACCGGAGGCACCGGCUGGGGCGAACGGGACGUGACACCGCAAGCCCUGAACCCACUUCUCGAACCCCUGCCUACGCUCAGCCACUACCUCUCCGCGAGCUUCCUCGCUAAGACACCCAUGUCCAUCUUGUCCCGCCCGGUGGUAGGCCUCCUGGACCGGACCUUGGUAGUAGCGUGCAGUGGAAGUAAGAAGGCUUGUGCGGAGACUUGGGAAGCUUUAACGUCCGAGUCGAUUACAAAGGCCUUGAGUCAUGGCUUCAAGCUGCUCAGAGGCGGUUCCGGGGAUGAUGUUCAUCCUCCUCGCGAAUCAGUAAAACUUGGACACGAAGACGGGUCUACUAAGGGACAUGAUCAUGGAAGUGACCACCAUCAUCAUCAUCAUCAUCACCAUCACGGCGAGCAUAAACACCAUCAUGCAACCGCUAAAACGGCAUUGAGCAAAGAUCCGUCCGCUGCGGUCUCUUCCCGUCAGAGGACCUCGCCCUUCCCUUUAAUCCCGCUGUCAGAAGCGCUCGACAUUAUAGUCAACACCAUCAAACCCCUAACAACUGCCACAGUCCGCGUCGAUCACAAGCUGAAGAACCACGUUCUCGCCGAAGACGUUUUGGCGGAGAUGGACCUUCCCCCUACGAGGACGACCAAUGUCGAUGGGUAUGCGGUGGUGGUUGAAGGGAAUGAGCUUGGACCGGGGUUAUUUGAGGUCAGGAAAGCAGGGUCAACAUCAGCAUCGUCGAUCGGUAAGGCAGGGAAGGUCUGUUACAGGGUGAAUACAGGCGGGCCUUUGCCCGAAGGGUGCAAUGCUGUCGUCAUGGUCGAAGACACCAAAGUUACCAAAACUGAAGGAAAGGAAGAGCUGGAGAUCGAGGUCCUCUGCACGACUCCGGUCGGCGACAAUGUCCGGCAACCGGGAAGCGAUGCGAAGAAGGGAUCCAAGGUCCUGGAUGCGGGUACGGUGAUAGGGAGCGGUGGUGGCGAAGUAGGGUUGUUAGGCUUUGUUGGCAAGCGAGAAAUUCAAGUUAUCAAAAGGCCAAAGGUGGCGAUCUUGUCAACAGGGAAUGAGCUGGUGGAUCUGGACCGACCACAACCGUCUUCGAGCGCAGCAUGGACGGGUGUGGUGGACACGAACAGACCUUCAUUACGGGCUACUAUUGAGGGUCUCGGGUAUGAAGUUGUCGACCUUGGUAUAGCUGUGGACGUCCUGGAGACGCAGAAAGCGACCUUGCAGAAAGGUCUCGAAGAGGCGGACAUCGUCAUUACCACAGGUGGUACGAGUAUGGGAGAGGCAGAUUUGCUCAAGCCAAUUAUCGAGCACCAUCUAAACGGCGUGGUACAUUUCGGUCGGGUCGCCAUGAAGCCCGGAAAACCUACCACUUUCGCCACGGUCACCACAGGAGACGGUGUGGCCAAGCCGGUGUUUGCCUUGCCUGGCAACCCGGCAUCGGCAUUGGUAACAUUCUACCUCUUUGUCUUGCCUGCUCUACGAUGCCUAGGAGGAUGGCCCAAAGGCAGGACACAUUUGCCAAAGAUCUCCGUCGAGCUGGAUUCCGACAUGUCAUUGGACUCGCGUGAGGAAUUCCAUCGAGUGGUUGUUUACCAUACUAUCCGUGAUGGACAUUCAAAGCUCAUAGCCCGUACUACGGGCGGUCAACGAAGCUCCAGGGUAGCCAGUCUUGCGGGAGCGAACGCAUUGAUACAUCUGCCUAUGCGCACGACGGGAGGUCCCGAGCGGCUAUCGAAAGGAGAAAACGCCCAGGCUGUUAUCAUCGGAGAGAUCCAGAUGCUUUAGGGUGGUCGUGGAAGGAGUAUCACGUUGUACAUCGGACUCGUCCAUGACUGAGACCUUGCAGCAUUUGUAGAAUUCGCAUCGAGCAGAGACACAACAGAGACCAAUGCCCAUACUUGA